AUGGCUCGUCCGGACGUUGGCCAAGUGGUGGCAUGGUAUAUCUGCACGGUCGCCGCAUGCAUCUUCCUCGUAUUUCGGCUGAUCAUCCGAUGGCGACUCCUCAAGAAGCUCUACCUCGAUGACUUCUUCGUGGUUGCCGCCGCGCUGUGUCUCAUCGGUGAUUUGGGCAUUCAACACUACAUGUUCACUCAGGCAUCCACACCUCCGCCCGUUGCUGACUCUGUUCUCCUCCUCCCACAGUUGAUCAUUCCUGGGUCCACCUUGUAUGUUACCUCGCUCUGGCUCAUCAAGGCCAGCAUGGUGCUGUUCUACAAGCGCCUGGCCGAUCGCACCAAGUAUCAGACCAUCUACAAUAUCACCCUGGGUGUCCUGGCCGCUGCCUGGCUGGUGCUGUUCUUCGACAUCGUCUUCAAGUGCUAUCCCCCGGAUCGCCAAUGGAAGAGUUUUGAGAACCCGGACUUGACAUGCUCCGAGAAGCAGUCGACGAUCAAUUACUGGCUGACGAUCCUAUGUAUGGACCCUUUCGUAUCUUGUACUUUAUGGGAAUCACAGCUAACCAUGCCCCUAGUCAACAUCUUUAGUGAUGUUUUCAUCAUCUGUCUUCCCAUCUCCCAGGUAGCACGCCUCAAGAUGCCAAGAAAGCAGAAGCUCGGUGUCAUCUCCGUAUUCCUGCUGGGUGUCAUCGUCGUCAUCACUAGCAUUAUCCGUGCUAUCUACUCGCAUUUGGGCGAGCAGAUGAUUACUUGCACGGUCUCCAUGAUCGAAACGGCCAUUGCCAUCAUUGCAUCGUGCCUUCCUGUCCUCCGCACUCUUGUCUUUGGCUCCCACUCACGCACCGGCACGUACAGCGGUCGCCGGGGAUAUGAGCUGUCCAACUCUGGGGCUGCGGGAUUGGCCAGUAAGCAGCAUACCACGGUGUCAGUAUCACGCGGGGGGCCGGACGAGCUGUCGCGACAUGACUCGGAAGACGAGCUGGUCAAGGAGAACAUGUCGGCCGAGGAUCCUACCGCGGGCAUUUCAGUGACACGGGAGUAUUUCGUACACGAGGGCGCUAUGGAACGGCAAAGCAUGCGGUAG